AUGGAGAGUCCAGUGGAAUAAGUUGGGGAUUUGGAAAUCUUUUUAGGCAUCAUUGGCCUUAUAAAUAAAGGUUAAGAUUAUAUCUAUAAAACAAGCUCAGAUAACUUCCAUGACAACGAGAUGAAUAAUUACUUAGAAUAAUAACUGCAUGAUUAGCCUGCAGGGGUCUCAGUCAGAGAUUAGCUGAAAUAUAAUAGAUGCAACAUGCAAAAAAGACCAGACAAAGUGUUCAUUUAGAAUGGGGGUAAAACUAUUAUAGUUGUUCACCCAACAAUUGAAAUGAUCAUUGGCAGUUGCCCUCCAUCUUGA